UUUUCCUUCCUACAAGCAGGACCAGCAGAGGUUCAACCUCUAAAGAAGAAACUAUCUGCUUUCAAUUUAAAACUGACAAAGCUCUUCCGCUGACAUAUAAAACAACCAACUAAUUAUCACUAAAGGAAACGUUUCCAAGUGAUGACAAUGUUGGGUAUGUACGUGCCAGACAGAUUUUCUCUGAAAUCGUCAAACGUCCAGGAUGGAAUCGGUCUUUACACGGCGAGGCGGGUGAAAAAGGGGGAAAAGUUUGGCCCGUUUGCCGGUGAGAAAAAGCUGCCCAGUGAGCUGGAUGAAAGCUCAGACACCAGGCUGAUGUGGGAGGUUCGUGGCAGUAAAGGGGAUGUUCUGUAUAUUCUGGAUGCAAGUAAUCCUCGCCAUGCCAACUGGCUGCGGUUUGUCCAUCAGGCGCCUUCACAGGAGCAGAAGAACUUGGCAGCUAUUCAGGAUGGAGAGAACAUCUUCUACCUGGCUGUGGAUGACAUAGAGACAGAUACAGAGCUUCUGAUAGGCUACCUGGACAGUGACAUGGAAGAAGAAGAGGAAGAGGAGGAGGAAGAUGUAAAAGAUGAAGAUGAGAGCAGUAAAGAGGCCAAACAUCUUGUAGAAAUGGAACUUGUCAUAAAGAAGGAAGACCACCCCUGCCUGCUCUGUGAGAGCAGUUUUCCAAGCGAGGAGAUCCUGGCCGCCCACCUGCAGAGUCUGCACCAGAGGCCCAGCACCGAGGAGAAGGAGUUCAAAUGCAGGAACUGUGGCAAAAAGUUCCCCAUCAAACAAGCUCUGCAGCGCCAUGUUUUGCAUUGUUCUGAGACACUUGAUCCAUCAGGUGAUUCUAAAGCUCACCAGUGCUCCCUUUGCCACAACACCUUCAGCUCAGAAUCCAGUUUCGAACAGCAUAAGGAGGCAUGCAAAGGAGAUGCCAGGUUCAUAUGUAAAGCAGAAAGCUGUGGGAAAAGAUUCAAAAGCAAGGACGCUUUGAAGAAACACAAAGGCAAUGUGCACACAGGAAGUGCACGACGGAAGCUAACUUGCACCAUAUGCAACAGAAAAUUUUCUUCUUCUCUAAAUCUUCAAGAGCACAGAAAGAUACACGAAAUAUUUGAGUGUCACGCAUGUGACAAAAAAUUCAUCUCAACCAACCAGCUCAAACGCCACAUGAUCACACAUUCCGAGAAGCGACCGUACACCUGCGAGAUCUGCAGUCGAUCAUUCAAGCGUUUGGAUCAGGUGACGGCUCAUAAGAUCAUCCACAGCGAGGAUAAGCCGUACAAAUGCAAGCUGUGUGGAAAAGAGUUCGCUCACCGCAACGUCUACAAGAAUCACAAGAAGACCCACUCCGAGGAAAGGCCAUUUCAAUGUGAGGAGUGUAAAGCGCUGUUCCGCACCCCCUUCUCUCUGCAGCGCCACCUUCUGAUCCACAACAGUGAAAGGACAUUCAAAUGUGACCAGUGCGACGCCACCUUUAAGAGAAAGGAUACGCUGAACGUCCACAUCCAGGUGGUGCACGACGGCCACAAGAAGUACAAGUGUGACCUCUGUGAGAAGGCCUUUGUCACCCCCUCUGUCCUGAAGAGCCAUAAGAAGACUCACACAGGGGAGAAGGAGAAGAUUUGCCCUUACUGUGGACAAAAGUUCGCCAGCAACGGCACGCUCAGGGUUCACAUCCGCAGCCACACAGGUGAGCGCCCAUACCAGUGUCCCUACUGCGACAAAGCAUUCAGCAAGAACGAUGGCCUGAAGAUGCACAUUCGGACCCAUACUCGGGAGAAGCCGUACAAAUGCAGCGAGUGCAACAAGGCCUUCAGCCAGAAACGAGGACUGGACGAGCACAUGAGGACGCACACGGGAGAGAAACCCUUCCAGUGUGACGUGUGCGAUCUGUCAUUUAGCCUGAAGAAGAUGCUCAGCAGACAUAAGCUGACUCACAACCCCAACCGGCCCAUGGCGGAGUGCCAGCUCUGCCACAAGAAGUUCACCCGGAACGACUACCUCAAAGUCCACAUGGAGAAUGUCCACGGGGAGACAGAGAGCUAAAGCCAAUUACAAGAGCACAAAUCAGAUCCUUAAGAUAAAGUUCUGCCUCGUGUUUUACGUAGCAGAAAAGUCUGAACAUGCAGCGUGUAGAGAUGGACAUCA